AUGCUCCAUCUUAAUCCCAUAUUACAUCCAGACACGCGCAACAAGCGGUUCAAGUUCGAGCAGUUCUUGAGAAAGGAAUAUAAUUUUGGUCUUGACCCAGACAGGCCUGUUUGUCAGUUCUACGUUCCUCAGAAAGGUCCAAGUUCAUGCCCUAACGGAAGCAGCUGUCCCAACAAACAUGUGUCAUCUAUGUACAAUAAUAAGAUUGUGUGUAAGCAUUGGUUGAGAGGACUUUGUAAGAAGAAUGAUCAUUGUGAGUUUUUGCAUGAAUACAACUUGAGAAAGAUGCCUGAAUGCUUGUUCUACUCUAAGAAUGGAUUUUGUACGCAGACUCCAGAAUGCCUAUAUUUGCACAUUGACCCACAGCUGAAGAUACCGGCAUGCCCCAGCUACGAGAAAGGAUUCUGUCCCGAUGGUCCCAACUGUACCAAAAGACAUGUAAGAAAGAUAUUGUGUCCGCUUUAUGUGUCUGGAUUCUGUCCUAAGGGUCCGGAAUGUGAGUUCACCCAUCCAAAGUUCGAUAUCGUGUUAGGAAGAAUGAGAAUUAAGCCGGAUGAAGAAGCCAAGGAUGAGAAA